GCUGGCUCAGUCAGAAGAGCAGGUGACUCUUGAUGUCAGGCUCAUAAGUUUGAGCUCCACAUUGGAUGUCGAGAUUUCUUUUUUUUUUUUUAAUGUUUAUUUUUGAGAGAGAGAGAGAGAAAACAGUGUGAGUGGGGGAGGGGCAGAGAGAGAGAGAGGGAGACACAGAAUCCGAAGCAGACUCCAGGCUCUGGGCUGUCAGCACAGAGCCUGACACAAGGCUCGAACCCACAGACUUUAAGAUCAUGACCUGAGCUGAAGUCCGACACUUAACCAACUGAGGCACCCAGGUGCCCCAUGGAUGUAGAGAUUUCUUAAAUAAACUUAAAAAAAAUCUUUUCGCACAUCUUUAAUGAUUUCCUUGGGAUGAAUUUUUAGCACAUCUCUGGUAUUAUUUCUGGUGGCUAUUUCAGUAUCACCCUUCUACUUUAUAAACUCUUAUGAUGAAGGCAGGCUGGGUCCGAGGACCCAGAGAGGGUCCCGCAGGACCAGCCAAGAGGGUCCUUGGCUUCACGCAGCAUAAAAAUCAAAUGUGAGCCAAGAAGAAGUAAGAGCAGAAUUUAUUAAAGAUACAGAGAGAGUACAGAUACAGGCAGAGUGUCUGGGAGACUCAGAAAGGAAAGGAGAGAGUCUUGUCUUUGCUUGGUGUCUGGGGUUUUUACUGAGGAUUGUGGUCUGAUGUAAGUGUCCUCUCAGGCAUUGAGGAACUGGACAGAACAGGGAGAAUGGUCCACGUGUCCUCCAUAAGUCACUUAUUCCUUGGUGCUAGGGGGUCUUAAAAUUGAGAUUUCUAGCACCGGUGGUCUGAAAUACACACAUGAUGGCCUCACUCACUCAUUCCUUAGAAGUUUUCUAUUGUGCUGGAAGGCUCCAAAGAAAUCAUUAACUCCUUCAUUCUUACAAGGAGGACAUACAUUAUUUGUAUUAUAAGGAAUGUGUAAGGCAGGUGUGCUGGUCCUAGCAAGAAGAGAAGCAGGGAAAUGGGCAAAAAAGCAGUCCUUCAAAAAACAGCCCUUCAUGGGGCCCUUUCAAUUUCUCUUCUCUCUCUUUAAGGUCCUACACAAAAGGAACCUGUCCCAUUAAUCUUUCAAAGCCUUAGAACGUGGCUCUCACAACAUAUUUAAUGUUGGUAGUAUAAGCAGAAAUAAUUUGUGAUCCCUGGAAAAAGAAAGAUGAGGCAUAAAUUUCUUGACAUAAGAAAAGUCACUUUAGAGGUGCCUGCAUGGCUCAGUCAGUUAAACAUCUGGCUUCUGCUCAGGUCAUGGUCUUACGGUUCCUGAGUUCGAGCCCCACAUUGGGCUGACUGCUGUCAGCAUAAAGCCCACUUUUGGAUCCUCUGACCACCCCCCCCCUCACUGGUUCUCUCUCUUUAUCUCAUAAAAAAAUAAACUUAAAAAAAGAAAGAAAACUCAUUUUAGACUCUUGCUCAUCUUGCAAUUUUUGCCUGACAAGCACUACUUGCACAUUUCUUGUAGAACUUCCUGAGAUGUGUUGAAAUUGCAGAAGAAUAGAUUUCAGUAGAUAAUGAUUUGAAGGAAACAAAAGAAUGUGAGGACAGAGAGACACUAUCAGGCCAGAAGAUAGCCUAAUCAUAUCGGCAAAAAUAAAUCAGUGGUAAAACUUCCAUUUCUGAUUCAAAGUAAAGGUUGACCUGACACAUAUUCUUGAGUCCUCUUUGCAGGAUUUAAAUCCCUUUGAGCACUCAAAUACCGGACCAACUGGAGCCAGAGAAUUGAUGAUGCUGACCAGCUCUCCUGACUUCAGUUAACUUGAGACCUGGUCUCAGUUGCCUUAAGAUGACCUUUGCUCCAAUUCCAUGCUGAAUUCCCUAUUUUGCAAGCCCUUCCAUGAAUAUAUAUGCACUUUUAGCUAAAAACUUACCCAUUUUUAUUGUUGAAGGAGACACUGCUUUGGGAGAUAUCCCCAGUGUUCUCCUUUAUUUGUUGCAAGUAAAACUCUUCCUUUUCCUAUUCUUUGCUUGGAUGAGUCUUUUGGCUCCAUUUCUACCAAAAGGUGAACCCAGUUUUGGGUAACAGUGGGAACUACAGUUGACUCUUGAACCACAUGGGUUUGACUGCACGUGUCUAUUUAUACCAGGAUUUUUCUCAAUAAAUACAGUAUAGUAUUAUAAAUAUAUUUUUUCUUCCUUAUAAUUUUUUUUAGUUUAUUUAUUUUGAGAUAGAGCGAGUGAGAGUGGGGGGAGGGCAGAGAGAGAGAGAGGGAGGGAGAGAGUGAAUCCCAAGUAGGCUCUACACGGAUAGCACAGAGCCCCAUGCAGGGCUUGAACCCACAAGCCUGAGAUCAUGACCUGAGCUGAGAUCGAGUCAGAUGCUUAACCAUCUGAGCCACCCCGGCACUCCUCCUUAUGAUUUUCUGAAUAACAUUUUCAUUUUUUUCUUUAGCUUACUCUUAAGAAUACAGUAUAAAAAAAUACAGUAUAUAAUACAUGUAACAUACAAAAUAUGUGUAACUCUACUGCUUAGGUUAUCAUUAAGGUUUCCAGUCAACAGUAGGGUAUUAGUAGUUAAGUUUUUGAGGAAUCAUAAGUUAUUUGUAAAUUUUCAACUGUGGGGGCAGGGGAUUGGAUCCCCCAACCCCUGAAUUAUUCAAGGGUCAACUGUAUGUAUGUGUAUUUUUUAAAGUAGUCUUCACACCCAGCGCGGAACCCAACGUGGGGCUGGAACUCCGGGCCCUGAGAUCAAGACCUGAGCUGGGAUCCAGAGUGGGAUGCUUAACCAUCUGAGCCACCCAGGCACACAUGUAUAUAUACUUUUAAUAUCUGUUUAGGUCAUUGUUCCCCACUGGACUAUGAUCCUCUAGAAAGGAGGAGGUCUAUUUUAUUAAUAUUUGAAUCCAGAGCUUGUGGUGUAUUAAAUCUGGCAGCAGUAGGUACCAUUUACAUGUCUAUUUGUUAUUGUACACAACUGACACAGAUUUUUUUCUUAAAUGAUGUAUUUUUAUCUACACUUUCCAUACCAGUAGGGCACGGCGAUUAAUAACUACUUGUUCACUACCUGAAUGAAAGAAUGAAUACCCCCAAGAACCACAUAUUCCUAUAUGAUUGGCGCGACGCGCCCCUAUGAAGAACAGCAACAAUUACUUCUUAAGGCCCCUGUUCCACGUACGCCAGUCGACGCCGCAGUGUUUUCUGGGAAAGGUAGUUCUAAAGCCCGUCGUCUGGCCCCGGUCAAACUGAGCCCAAACUAAACUUCCCAGAAAGCAGCACACUCGCCUGGGAAGAGGGGCAAGAUGGCGGACGCUGAAGACGGUACUUUGCGACCCGCGGGAGCCUCUGCUGCCCCAAUUUCAUUCAGCUUCAGUCGCACGUCUGCCAGGAGACGGCUGGCGGAUCCGGGAGACGACGCGAGUGCGGCUCCGGAGGAGAAGGAUUUCUUAAAGACCCUGGAAGGGAGGGAGCUGCAGAGUGUGAAGCCCUCAGAAACCCCCAAGGAACUCGUCAUCCCUUUGAUCCAGAAUGGCCAUCGCAGGCAGCCACCGACCCAGGCUCCUGGGCCAUCCACAAACACUGAGGCCUUGGUGGAAGGGGUGCUGUCUCAAGCUGUAAAGGAGAUCAUUGAAGACUCCAAGAAGUCCCUGGAGGAGAGAGAAAAUUCGGGUAUCGACCCCAUGCUUGCUAUCCCCAUGAUCCAGAAAGGAUGCCUCCCUAACGGAGAAGGGGCAGACAGCGAACCCCGAGCUGAGACAGUGCCGGAAGAAGCUGAUUACGAGGCAGUCCCUGUAGAGGCCUAUGGGCUGGCCAUGUUACGAGGCAUGGGCUGGAAACCUGGCGAGGGCAUUGGCCGCACGUUCAAUCAAGUGGUAAAGCCCCGUGUCAACUCACUGAGACCAAAGGGGUUAGGGCUGGGUGCCAACCUGACUGAGGUCCAGGCCCUGGCCCCCACUGGCCCCCACCACCUGCCAAAGCCAGAUGAGGAGCAAGAGAAGGAUAAGGAAGACCAGCCUCAAGGACUGGUGCCUGGGGGAGCUGUGGUGGUUCUUUCUGGCCCACACCGAGGCCUCUAUGGGAAGGUAGAGGGCCUCGAUCCUGACAACGUUCGGGCCAUGGUUCGCCUGGCCGUGGGGAGCCGCAUGGUGACUGUUAGUGAGUACUACCUGCAACCUAUCUCACAGCAGGAGUUUGACAAGAAUUCCUUGGAUCUCAGCCAGAUGCGUAAAACUUCCUCAGUGCAACAGAAUGGAACAGCUUCGUCAUGGAAGGCCCUCCGGGAUCAGGACCUCCCCAGCCAGCAAGAGGACUCACAGAGGAAGCGAAAACACCUUCCUGACCGACAGGGGGAGCCUGCUGCCAAGAAUGAGAAGGCAGGUCCCAGGAGCCAGCACUGGUUGCACAGGGACCUACGCGUACGCUUUGUGGACAAGCUGCACAAGGGUGGCCAGUAUUACAACACCAAGAUGACGAUCGAAGAUGUCCUCAGCCCAGAUACCUGUGUGUGUCGAACAGAUCAAGGCCAGGUCCUGGAAGGCCUGAGGGAAGACAUGCUGGAGACCCUGGUCCCCAAGGUCCAAGGCAACCGGGUUAUGGUGGUGCUGGGGCCACAGGCUGGAAAGGUGGGCCGCCUGCUGGACUGGGACAGAGUACGGAGCCGGGCUGUGGUGCAGCUGCAGAGAGAGAAUCAGCUGGUGGAACUUCACUAUGAUGCUGUCUGCCAGUACCUGGGCCCCAGUGACUCAGAUGAAGACUGACCCAUGGCCCCGCUCCCACCCCCAAUGCUGCCGCCUGCUCUGUACGGUGUGGAAAGCCAGUCUUCACAAAGGUGGGGAGGUCAUUGUUCCAUCCUCCACUUGCACCUCAGCCCCAGGACCAGGACAGGGACAGGGCAUAAGAUAGAUGGGCCUGAAGGGAGGCUCGAAACAAACCUGGUAUUCUCCAGAAGCUAGUGUGUAAUAAAAAUCAUUUCAGAAACUCAGUAAAAUGACAAGAUCGUAAGUGUGUGCUGAGCUGAGUAGAAGCGGGAGCUGAGCUGACGGAGGUGGGAGCCGUUCCAGGCUUCAGCCCCACCUCCCUGCAUGGGCUGACAGACAAGUUCAAGGAUCUGUCUGCUUACAAGUUCAUUCUUGGAAUACAGAAGCUACGAAGUGUGUCCCCUGAGCAGACGCUAUGGAGUCUGGAGUGCCACAUCUCUGUACAACUUCCUGAAGAAGAAUCCUAGUGGUGGCUCUACUUUUUUUUAAAUUUUUUAAAUGUUUAUUUUUGAGAGAGAGAGAGAGACAGAAUCCGAAGCAGGCUCCAGACUCAGCUGUCAGCACAGAGCCCAACACGAGGCUCAAAGUCACAGAUGGCAAGAUCAUGACCUGAGCCAAAGUCAGAAGCUUAAUUGACUGAGCCACCCAGGCGCCCCAUUGGUGGCUCUACUUUUUACUCUUGGUCCAGACCAGAUGUCCAGAGGAUGUCUUGAGCCAGUGAUGAGAGUCCAGAGGAAGGGAGGCUUCUACCCACAAAUGGGAUGUGUUUGCACUAUUUCCCAGAGGAGUCAGUUAAUUUCAGGGCCCCUGUUUUAGUCCCCAAACUUUGGCUAGAAAGUAAAAAAAAGUUUUGUCCCAGGUAGGAUUUCUCUGAUCCAGGUAACUGGACUCUCAAAAAGGUUAUUGUCAGACAGCCCUCAAACUUUUUCCCAUUUAAUGGGCUGAGAUCCAAAAUCAACAAGGGAAGCAAGAGCUUUAGGUCCAAUUGCUUCUAAGUCAUCCCCAAAUGCAAACUGGUGCAGCCAUUCUGGAAAACAGUUUGGAGGUUCCUCAAAAAAUUAAAAAUAGAACUACCCUAUGACCCAGCAAUUGCACUACUAGGCAUUUAUCCAAGGGAUACAGGUGUGCUGUUUCGAAGGGACACAUGCACCCCCAUGUUUAUAGCAGCACUAUCAACAAUAGCCAAAGUAAGAAAAGAGCCCAAAUGUCCAUCGACGGAUGAAUGGAUAAAGAAGAUGUGGUAUAUAUAUGUACAAUGGAAUAUUACUCGGCGAUCAGAAAGAAUGAAAUGUUGCCAUUUGCAACUACGUGAAUGGAACUAGAGGGUAUUAUGCUAAGUGAAAUUAGAGAAGGAUAAAUAUAUGAUUUCACUCUAUGUGGAAUUUAAGAAACAGAUGACCAUAGUGGUAGGGAAGGAAAAAUAGAUAAAAACAGAGGGAGGCAAACCAUAAGAGACUCUUAAAUACAGAGAACAAACUGAGGGUUGCUGAUGGGGUGUUGGGUGGAGGGGUGGGCUAAAUGGGUAAUGGGCAUUAAGGAGGGCACUUGGAAUGAUGAGCACUGGGUGUUCUCUAUAACUGAUGAAUCACUAAAUCUACUCCUGAAACCAAUACUAUACUAUAUGUUAACUAACUUGAAUUUGUUUUAAAAAGAUGAUAUAACUGUUAUAAAUAUAUACACCCGAAAUCAGAGUACCUACGUAUAUAAAGAAAAUAUUGAUAUAUAUGAAGGUAAAAAUAGUUUUAUUACACUAUAUGUUAACUAACUUGGAUUUAGAUAAAAUUAAAACUACAAAAUAAAAAAACAAUAAAUCAUCCCUAGGCACUAAGUUAUUGAUGUAAUAAAUGGUAUUUGAGUUAGAUCUAGACCACUGGUAUGUACUCCUGACCUGUCAGGACAUGGCCCAGUGCUGUAGAAUUUUUUUUUAAAAAUAAUUUAAUUAUCACAUUAAAAUUAUUACAACUCUUUUUUAUCUGAUUAAAUCUUUUGAAAAUUUUAAUUGUUGAAUACAUGUUAUCAUACAUACAUACAAUGUUAUCUUAGUUUCAGGUGUACAACGUCAAGUGAUUGAACAAUUCUAAUACAUUACUCCAUGCUCACUAAGAAAAGUGUAGCUACCAUCUGUCACCAUACAACAUUAUUACAACAUUAUUGACUCCAUUCCCUAUGGUGUACUCCUCGUCUCCCUGACAUUUUUUUUUUUUUUUUGAUAACUGGGAGUUUUUACCUCUUAAUCCCCUUCACCUAUUUCACCCAUCCCCUUCCUCUUUGGCAACUACCCCUAGAGCGGGGCGAUAAAGGUAAGCUACUGUCUCUGCCCAGCAGAAGCAGAAUGCUGUUUAGAGCCAAAAUGAGCAGGUAUAGAAAAACAGUUGGCCAAAUCAAUGGCCAUAUGCUGAGUAAGGUAAGGGGAUGAUUGGAAGACCUUCCAGUAUCAUAACCCCAGUGUGAAGUACAAUUGCACAGGGGCACCUGGGUGGCUCAGUCAGUUAAGUGUCUGACUUUGUUGGCUCAGGUCAUGAUCUUGUGGUUUAUGGGUUCGAGCCCUGCGUUAAGCUCUGUGCUGACAGCUCAGAGACUGGAGCCUGCUUCGGAUUCUGUGUCUCCUCUGCCCCACCUCCACUCAUGUUCUAUCUCUCUCUCAACAAUAAAUAAACAUUAAUUUUUUAAAAUGUGUUAUGAAGUAUAAUUGUACAGACAGAUAUUACUGAUUUACUAAUUUACUGAUCCCUAAUUAAUUCCAGAACUCCUCUGUUUUCAGGAUUGGCCAAGCAGGGCGGUUAAAGCAGACAGCAGAGGACAAACCCCCACCCCUAGUUUCUCCCGUUGCUGAGUCAUAAUUGUGAUGGUACACACUGUCCCCGGAGUUCCAGGCUGGGUUGUAUUUUUCAAGUUGGGGGGAAGGGUCACAAGUUCUAAAGGCUCCCAAUCUGGCACGUCCAGUAGUCCAUUUGCCUUAUUGUAUGUGCUACACCCAGUCAAGAAGGCCUCCUCCUUUCUCCAAAUCAUAAUAAAUUCAUCUUGAUAACACCCUCAAGAAGAGCUUAAAGCUUCCUGGAGAAUGGUACUGGUCCUCUGUCUCUGCCCUGCAAUGUGGUAUAACCUGGCAGUUUCAGACAAUCCCUUCCUCUCCUCCAUGUGUCAUAAUACUUAAAAUAGAUUUCAUCAGAUUUUGCUUUCCUGGAGAUGACAUUUCUCCUGAGCCUGUCUUUAAAAACAGAGCCAAAGGGAAAAAAAAUACAAACAGGGUCGGGGAGGGAGGGAGCCUCUGGGUGGCUCAGUCAGUCUUGAUCUCAUGGCUCACAAGUUUGAGCCCUGGGUUGUGCUCUGUACUGACAACUCUGAGCCUGGAGCCUGCUUCCGAUUCUGUGUCUCCUCUCUCUCUGCCCUUCCCCGGCUCGUACAUGGUCUCUGUCUCUGUUUCUCUGUCAAAAAUAAAACAUUAAAGAAAAUGGGCUGGGGGCGCCUGGGUGGCUUAGUCAGUUGAGUGUCUGGCUCUUGAUUUCAGUUCAGGUCAUGAUCUCACUGUUCCAUGAAUUCAAACCCAGCCUAGGGCUCUGUGCUGGCCUCAAGGAGCUUGCUCAGGGUUCUCUGUGCCUCCUCUCAAAA